GUUUAUUUAUGUAGGUUACUCUUUAGUUUAUGCAUUGAUUGGGUGUUGAGGUGUUUGUUGAGUGUUGAUUUUAACAACGGAGACAGCGUUAUGCUGUUUAUUGUUAUUAAAUUUUAAUUAGUGCGAUAAACAUACAAAGAUGGCACCAAUGCGCGGCGAGCGAGGCGGCUCCCCGGCCCGCGGCGCACGCGCCUCUCUACCUCUACCGCGGCGCCUGAUCCGCCAGAUCGCGAGGCACGUGGCCUCCAGCGGCCGGUCGCUCCGCAGGCUCGAGGUCUCUGGCCGCGUCAUAGACAACUUCGAUGAUAUAGAUGACGGAUCGGAUGAAUCGGAUAUGGAAACGCCGCAACCUGCACGAGUGGCAUGCGCUGGAAACGCCGGCAACCUCCCACCCGCUGACCAUGACGACGAUCUUACAAGCCUCAGCUGGUUACAGGACAGAAAUCUAUUAAGAGGUAUCAAUCUAACUACAAAAAGUGACAUGGAAGACACAAAGAUAAUAAGGAACGAAGUUAUAAUCAAGUUUCCAUACUUCAAGCACGCGCCGCAAGGGUGGAAGAACAGCGUGCGACACAAUCUGUCGUUGAAUAAGUGCUUUCACAAGGUUGCAGCGGCGCCUGGUGUCGGUAAGGGUUCACUGUGGACCGUGGAUCCACAGCACCGCUCCACCUUGCUACAGGCGUUCGGGCGGCAGCCGGUCCCGCCGGCGGAGGCGGAGGGCGAGCACAAGAACGCGCCGGACCCCGCGCUGUUCCCGCACCUGGCGCGGCGCCUGGCCGACGCGCGCCCCGCGCACCCCGCGCACACCCCGCACCCCGCCCGCCCCGCGCGCCCCGCGCCCGGCGCCGACGAGUACCUCGCCGCCGCCACCGUGCUCGCCAUGAAGUACGGGCCCCGGGUCAUGGAUCAGCUGCCGCCCGAGGCGCACCUGGUGAUAUCGCGGUGCGCGCGCGACGAGCACUCGUACAGCGGCGGCGGCGAGGAGCGGCGCACGGCCGAGGCGCUGCUCAACCUCGCCGGCGUCGCCUGCCACGAGCAGCCCGCGCUCAGCUAGCGCGCCCCGGGCACCCCCGCGCGCGCCCCC